UCAAAAACAACUUCUACACUUUGUAGAGAAAAGAGUUCAAAAGAAACGUUAUAAAAUCAUAAAAAUUAAUCCAUUCACAUAUACAAAGCAACCGUCAGAUGUAAAAAUUAGAACUGGCAGUACUAAUCGGAACGUUGUCACAAUUUGUAGUAGAGCAUUAUGUACUAGAUUGAAAUCAAAAUGGCGACCAAGCAACAGGCAAUGUUGUCAUUUUUGCCAGUUUUAACGAGAAAGCGAAGUAAUCAACACACAUUAUGUGAGAGAGGUUGGCAGCAAGUGUUAAAAUAUAAGUUAUUUAAAUACAUGAAAAGAAAGUAUAUAUUUGUUUAGCCAAAGAAUAAUAAAUUGAAGACAACAAUUAAACUAAUUUGGGCUUCUAGCGUACAUAAACAUUUCCGUAUAGGAAUAAGUAAAACAGCCGUUGAUAGAAAAUAAAAAAACAUUUAAUAAAACGCUAAUUGAAGCAGUGAAAAAAGAAUUCUUUGGUCGAACGCAAUGAAUUUUCUUGCUAUUAAAAGAAGUAAACUAUUUGAGACAAGCAUAUGUGAAUGAAUAAUAUUUUUUAAAAGUGUAAAUAACAAUAAAAACAGUUUUAGUGAAAAUUUAUAUUGGCAAUUAUAUUUAAAUAAAACUAUAAAAUGUCGAAUAAAAAUACUGCGGAAUCUAAAAGUGUAAAUAAGAACACCGACGAAGAAAGUGGUCAUAAGAAAGAGGUUUCAGGAAAUAUAGACUACGAUUUGGCACACGGUACGGAUUCGGGGUUUCUUUCAGGACCCCAAAAUUCUUUCUUCGAAGAACAUGAAGAAUCAAAACAUAGUUCUGCUGAAAACAUUAGUAACAGUUUUAAUUCGCAAAAUCCCAAUAUUAAUAAAUCAGUACAUAAAGAUGGUAAUUAUGCUAAUAUUAGCGAUCAUUGUCAAAAAGCUGCAGAGGAAUUAUGUAUUGUUGAUUCUGGCUGCAUUGAGGAAGAAGAAUGUGAAUCCAACGAUUUGCAUGCCGACAUUGUACAGCCCAAUACAAGAUCUCGACCACAAGUAAUCAACUCUCCAAACCAAACCAGUGUAUCUGAAGUUACAAGUUCACAAGAUAAUAAAAUGAAAUCAAAGCAAGAUGUUGAUGCUCAUAUUUCGGAACACUUUUGUAAUCUUAGUUUACAACACGGUACAAUAAAUAAUUUGGGCGCGUCUUGCAAAGAUUCUACCGUGGACCCUGAACCAGCGAUAACAACAAAGUCAUCGACUGAACUCAAUCAAUUGCCAGCGUGGGAACAAUACUACCAACAAAAUGAUGAAGGAGAUACCUAUCUUCAUUUGGCUUGCAUAUCGGGGUACGACAAUGUGGUAGCUGCCCUUUUCCGCCUCGCUAUACAUCCUUGUCUGUUGGACAUAAAAAACGAUUACGGACAAACUCCCUUACAUCUAGCUGCACUAACAAAACAAAGAAAAAUCAUGCGCAUGCUAUUGCUUGCCGGUGCCAAGCCAACCAUACGCGACAACAACGGAAACACAGCCUUACAUAUUGCUUGCAUGUCUGGUGAUGAGCAAUGUGUGAAUGCUUUAACAGUUCCAUUUAGUGCUUCAGAGAUCAAUGAAGCUCAUCGUCAAUUUGGUUACAGAUCCAAUGAUAAGCGAGUUUCUUCCCUUAGUUAUGAAUGUUUACCCACAGGUUUGGAAAUUCGCAAUUACAAUGGCGAAUAUUGUGUUCAUUUGGCUGCCGAAGGAGGCCAUUUACAAAUACUAAAAACUUUAGUACAGUCUGGAGCGGAUAUUAAUGCCAGAGAAGGAAAAGGUGGAUACACACCUCUACAUAUUUCUAUUGAAAAGGGUAAUGAGGAGUUAUUUAAUUUCCUCCUGGAUGAUUGUAAACCGAACUUGGAAGCAACCACUUUCGGGCGGCUGACUGCAUAUCAGCUAACAUGCAUUCUGAAGAGGUCACAAAUGCAAAGCAGUUUAGAAAAAUAUGGCGCAGAGCCAUUAUCACCACCGGAUAGCGAAUGUGAAAGCAGCGACGACGAAUCGGAUUUUGAAGAAUCUAAGAACUAUGACAGAUUCGUCGACACGGGAUACUUCGGAGGCAAUGCUAUGGCAGUCAUGUAAAAACCAAGAACCGCCUCGUUUGGCGUAUCUUUUCGUUUAAGGGAGUACCUAAAUACACUCGAUGUACUUAAGUUUAUUAAAAAUUUAAGAAUACGAAUUCAUAAAUGCCGAACGAAAUUAGAAAACUAUAAGCAUAUCUUUACCGUUAAGUAGUUAAAGAAUUGGUUUAUAAAAUCUCGAUAUUCUAAAUAAUGUAUAAAUUAAUAUAAUUUUCAUGAACGUAUUUUACAAUAACUGUGACAUGACUGUGGAACUAAAUAUUUAUCAUAUAGUAAAACAUAUGAAAAACAACCAAUAUCUUCGUAUAAAGGGACUUAAAAUAAUAAAAUAAUAAUAUAUGUAUGUAUGUAUAUGUUGCUAACGCAACAAUCGAAAACUGAAA